GCAAACGUCAGCCUCCUAUCCAAAAAGCCCAUCAGGCGAGACAAAGGAAGGAUAAAGGAACUUUUGGACGAGUGCAGAGACACAGCAAUGUCUUCUGGACACGCAGAGACUGGACACGACACUACAUGUCAGAGUGGAGCUCCAGUGUUUUUCUCCAACCCUCUCAUGAGUGAUGUGGAGUCGGACUGGUCUCCAGUUCACGAUGCUGCUUUUAAUGGUCGGGUCCUGGCUUUGCAGAAGCUCAUCACUAAGGGUAAAUGUGUGAACCUGAACACUCUGGACCAGGUCUCUCCUCUACAUGGAGCAUGUGUGAAGGGACACGCGGCCUGUGCCAAACUCUUAAUAGAAAACGGGGCAAAUGUCAACAGUUCCACGGUGCAUGGACAAACCCCUCUGACGGAGGCGUGCGCCCGAGGUCAUGUGACUUGUGUGUCGUUACUGCUUCAUCACGGAGCGAGUCCUGUAGGGAGCGGGCAGUCUCCGUCUCCAAUCCACUGUGCUGCAGCCAAAGGUCACCCAGAGUGCAUUGAGGCUCUGGUGCAGUUUGGUGCAGAUGUGGAUCAGCACUCCGACCAAUCAGGUUCACCCCUAAAUGUUGCAUGCUCCAAUCAGAGCCUGAGUACAGCCAAGAAACUGCUCCAACUCGGUGCAAGCGUGAACCACAGUGUGUCUGGAGAAUUGCCUCUGCACAUUGCUGCACGUCUGUCCAACCCAGAGCUGCUGUCUCUCCUGCUCGACCACGGGGCAGAUCGCUCCCUCAGAAACCAGGAGGGCAAGAAGCCACUGGAUCUGGCACCUCCUCACAGCCUGGCAGAGAAGCUCCUCAGACAAGCAGGAGGAGUGUCACCCCUGAUGCAGCUGUGCAGACUGAGCGUCAGGAAGGCUGUGGGCAAACAAAGGCUGGCUGGAAUAUAUGACCUUCAUCUGCCCACAGAACUGCAAGUGUAUCUCCUCUACCAAUCACAGCCCUGGGGAGAUGAGACGCACGGAAGAACGUUUAGCAAUUCACUUUGACACCCCCAGGGGGCAGACUUGUACUUGUACUAACCUCUUCACAGUUGAGGGUGAUUCUACUUUGUGAUUUUUUUUUUUUUUUUUGGACAAGAUUUAAUCGUGAAUAGGAUAAAGAGAUAAUUAAUGCAGUGGGUAAAAAGUAUUGCACAGUUUUUCUGUGGAUAAUGCUGUAAAUAUAUACAUAUAUAUAUAUUUCACUACAACAUAGUUGCAUUUUUAUACUUUUAUAAAACCUGUGACCAGACAACCAAAAUCUGUGAUGCAGCAUUUUGUGCAGACACAGAGUUCCAGCUGCUGAAAAGACAAAACUUGAACUUCUCCUUUUGUUCUCUUUCAGUUCAUGUUUUUUUCCUCUUUUUAAGGUGGGAUAAGCAAUAGCAGUCCUAAUCAGUCUGCUUCUAAUUUUACCUCAAGAACAUUAUGUGAACACUGUGCCUUUUGAAAUACAGCAGUACAACAAAACAAAAAAGAGUUCAUUGUGUUUGUGGUCGUGCACAGGAUAUAACAAGAUACGCAGCAAGACAAAAUAAAUAAAUAAAUAAGAAAAAUCUCGUGGCUUCCCCAGAGUCUGCAGUAUAUUUUUAAAAUCAAGCACAACAAAGGAAAAUGAAAUAAUAAGAACGAGGAACACAGGAUUCAAGUGGAAAUGAAAAC